AUGUCGCGACUUAAGGAGGAUGUUUACUGCACGCUCCUCUUGAGCGACUCCUACUUACCGGGUGCUGCUGUGCUGGCAAAUUCCUUGCGCGAUGCAGGGACUACGAAAAAGCUCGCUGUUCUGGUCACAAUGGAGACGCUAUCCGCUGAUACCAUUGCUGAGCUCACGACGCUCUACGACUAUGUUAUACCGGUUGAGCGCAUGCGAACGCCCAACUUGUCCAAUUUAUACGUCAUGGGGCGGCCUGAUCUAUCAUAUGCCUUCACCAAAAUUGCUCUCUGGAGGCAGACACAAUUUCGCAAGAUUGUGUACCUUGAUGCCGAUGUCGUGGCUCUGAGGGCUUUGGAUGAGCUCUUCGACAUUCAAGCGAGCUUUGCUGCAGCGCCUGAUAUUGGGUGGCCUGAUGCUUUCAAUAGCGGUGUUAUGGUAAUCACACCGAACAUGGGCGAAUACUGGGCCUUACAGACCAUGGCAGCAACUGGCGACAGCUUCGACGGUGCCGAUCAAGGCCUACUGAACCAGUACUUUGAGCACCGCCCAUGGCAGCGUUUGAAGUUCACCUACAAUUGCACUCCGAACGCAGAGUAUCAAUGGGAACCAGCCUAUCGCUACUAUAAGCGAGACAUUAGUGCUAUUCACUUUGUUGGGAAGAAUAAGCCCUGGUCAGGACAACAGAGUGGUGGGAGCGGCGUCUAUGGCGAGUUGUUGGCACGGUGGUGGGCAGUGCACAACCGCCAUUUGAAUAGACCGAAAGCAAUCGCCCAGAGUGAAGCUGGAGUUGAAGGUGAUAGAACAACCCUAAACACUAUUCCCGCUACCGCCGCUCAACCUGAGGCCUCAGCUAUCACCACAGAACCACCCAUAACUGAUCAUGGCGAUUUGGCUGCAAAUAUUGACCAAAAUGUUAUAGAGCCAACACCGACGUCGCAACAACGCAAGUUCUCUGCUCCUGAAAUGGAAUGGGACGCAACUAGGUAUAUUUCCAAUACCAACACAAGAGGUUUUGUUAACAGAGACAGAUCCGGACCCCCAACGGACUCGAGACCCGAGGCCGCCAACUUCCCUAGCCAAACAUAUACGUUCAGCGAGAGUCCCACGCUGUUUAAAGCACCCCAAGACAUGGGGUACAAAGUGCCAGAGAACAAGCCUGAGCAUACGGAAAUGCCAAAGCCCAUAUUUCCAUGGGAGCAAGAACCGGAUCGGCCUAGGGCAACUCGUGUAUUUGCUGAGGAUGCGCCACCCGAGCCGACUCCAUCAAUCAGUUCGCCGACGCAUGCAUUCUCUACAGUGCAUUAUAACGGUGCAGAUAGUGGAGUAUCCCAAGACGCAGGGCGUGUCGAUAGUACCGGAAGCAUCUCCCCAUCCAAAUCUGCUGACGAGCAAUGGCAGGCCUUUCAAUCGAGUAAUGUCAAUGCUUGGGACCGUGUACCAGGCAUUGAAAACUACGUACGAGCUAUAGUUGAUUUACAGGGAAGGCGCGGUAAGACCGAGAGCCUCGAACAGACAACUGGUACAGACGAUAUCAGCUCGCCGCUUGUAAUGAGGAGAAAUCGACGCUCAAGUUUGAUUCUCACAGACUUCCCGUCGGCAGUAGAACGGCCGAGCCUACCUGUCACACCGGCCCCGCUUCGCCGUCCUUCAUUCUGGGGGGACGAACGAAAUGAGCAAGGCGAGCUUCCGUCUGCUACGGGCGUUCCUGAGCAACAAGAAUGGUAUAUGAAGCUGACUCGAGCUGUGAAGAACCCCCUGGAGAAACUUGACGAGCUGCGGCGGUCAUCGGUGAUCGAGUUCGAGCAUCUCAAAAAAGACGAGCAUCCGGAUCCGCCUUUGCGAGCACUUCCAGAACAUUCAGCCAUGAAAGAGCAAGGCAUAUCGAAUAUUGGACUCGGCGAAGCAGAUUGCACAACAGGCCUGGCCACGGAAGAUCAUAACGAACCGGCCGAUAGCACUACUACACAGGCGUUCCAUACAGAGACUCCGACCAAACAAGCAACCUCUGAAGCUACUGUCCCAGACGCGCUCCCACAACAGCCAGGGAUUGUAGAAGGAGACUCCGGUAGCAACGUCAAUCGAAGUGGACUCGGUCCUGCCGGCACACAGCCCAUAUCCUUUCAGCAACCCUCUUUGAGUGCUGGGCAGCAGGUUCAAGCCGGCGAUAUGACAUUUACUCUGCCAAGCUUUGCGGAUAGUGCUCAGGAGAUUGAUGGGCCAGCGGGGUAUGAUACUCCAAGUCUUACACAGACACAAGAGUAG